AUGUUGAAGAGGAGACAUGCAGUGUACAUAAUUAGCAGAUGUUUUGCGAGUCGUUUGGCGAUUGUUGGAAGCGGACCAGCCGGUAUUUUUUCUCAUUUUAAUUCAGGGAGGGGUGGUCUCCCCCUUUCUUGAGCAAGAAUUAUUGAUUUUUGCAAUUUAUUAGGCAUGUUUGCUUGCAAUGGUGUUUUGAGGAGGAAACAAGACGUUUUUGUUGAUGUUUUUGAGCAUUCACCAGUGCCUUUUGGAUUGGUUAGAUAUGGAGUUGCGCCAGAUCAUCAGGAGGUUGGAUUUUUUUAAUUUUGAAAAUAUAAUUUUUUUCGAUCAGCUGAGCUCGAUAAAAUUGCAGUACUGAAUUCCUAUCAUAAAUUAUGAGGUGACAUUUCGGAAAUUACGGAUUUUACAAGUCUAUUACCAUUUUAAAAAAUUAUUUUCAUGAAAAUCUGAUUUAUAAGUAAGUUCUUUCAAAUAUUCGUCUUAUAAAAUCCGAAAUCUUCAAACUUUGCCACGUCAUAACUCAUAUUAGAAAUAGAGUUUUGCAAUUUUUGACAGCAGGAACUUGAUCUGUGCUAAAUUUUGAAAUGAGAACUCUGAUAAAUUUUUAGAAAAUUCCACGUCAUAGUUCACGUCUAUAUCAAAAUAAAAUUCAUUUUCAAUUUUUUUCCAGGUGAAAAAUGUGAUCAACACAUUCGAUACAAUGUUCGAGAAGAAUCGCGAUCGUCUUCGUCUUUUCUGCAAUGUCAGUAUAGGUCGAGAUAUCAAAUUCGAAGAAUUAUUAGACAAUUAUGAUGCAAUUCUUCUAGCCUAUGGCUCUUAUAAAACGCGAACACUUCAAAUUCCUGGCUCGAAAAACACGAAAAACGUAAUUUCCGGCUCGGAAUUCGUUGGUUGGUAUAACGGAAUGCCGAAUAUUUCGGCACCAAAUAAUUUGGAAAAUGUGAAGAAUGUGAUAAUUGUUGGAAAUGGAAAUGUUGCAUUGGAUUGUGCGAGAAUUUUGUCGAGUUCGAAGUCUGGCGAUGGAAAAUUGAGGAUUUCGGAUAUUCCGAAUGAUCGGCUCGAUUUGCUGGAGAAAUCGGGAAUUGAGAAUAUCAAGAUUCUAGGGAGAAGAGGACCCGAAAAUGUGAGCUUCACUGAAUUAUUUUUUUUAAUCUAAAAAAAUUAUAUUUCAGGUCUCAUUUACCAUCAAAGAACUCAAAGAACAAUUCAAAGUCGAAAAAUGGUCAAGUAAAAUUGAAAUUUCGCCAGAAGACCAACAAAAACUUCAGAAUCUUCUUCCAACUUUGGAAAGGAAGAAGAAGCGACUAACCGAAGUGAUUUUGAAGAAUUCGGGAAAAUCGCAAGGCGAAAGGAAAUGUCAAUUUUUGUUUCAUUGGGUUCCUAAGGAAGUAAUUGCGAAUAAGGAUGGGUUUAUUGAAAAAAUACGAGUGGAAAAUGUUGAGAAAAAUGGACAGGAGAUUGAGGAAUUACCGUGUGAUUUAUUGAUUUAUUCGAUUGGUUAUGAAACUAUUGUUUUGGAUGGUGUACCGAAAAAUGAAAAGGUGAGGGAAUUUAUGGACGGAGAGGGGGGUCCUAGAGGUUUCAUACAGUUUUCAUAAGGAUCCGCUCUUAGAAAUUUUUUUCAAGUAGCCGCGGUUUUUGACAACUGAAAUCUCUGAGCUCAGCUACUUGGACAAUCUUCAAAAAUUUAAAAUAUAAAGUACAACUUUCAAUCACGACAAUCCUAACCGAAACAUAUUUUAUUCCAAAUUUUUUUCUCCAAACCUCAAUUAUUUCAGAAAAUGAUUGAUAUGAAAGACCAUUGCCGCGUAAAUCUUCCAAAUUCCUCAGUUUAUGCAACUGGUUGGUGUGCACAUGGACCAAAAGGAGUUAUUGUUGACACGCAACAACAAAGUAUAUUUGUUGCCGAGGAAAUUGUCAGCGAUUUCGAGAAUGCUGAAAAUGCAAAUGCGCCACCAAAAACACUGGAAAUCCUGAAGUCUCGAAAAAUCCCGUUUUUGAGUUGGGACGCUUGGAAGAAAAUCGACAAUGAGGAACGAGAUUUGGGAAAAAAGACGGGAAAAGUUCGGGAGAAAUUGACGCAAUUUGACCGGUUUUUUUGAAAUUUCAUAGAAAAUGUGCCAUUUUUUUCUUGAGAAAAUAUAGAUUUUUACAAUUUUUCUGGUUGUUUUGAUCAAAAAUUUAAUGGUUUUCAAGCCAUUUUCAUUAUUUUUUCAUCAUUUUGAUGUAAUUUUCCCGCCUCAGCCCCGAGGUUUAUUUUAAGAUGGAAUCGAAGAUUUUGGAUGGUCCAAAUGUUGGUUACUGUAGUUCAUCUGAAGGAGAAGAAGAAGAUUUCAAAGUUGUGAAAGAUGAGGAUGAACAUCAGGCAAAUGUGAUGAAAAAGUUUGGGCCGAGUUCGAAUACUGGAGCAAAAGGAGUGCUGUCGGAUUUCAAAGCAUUUAGAGAGCAGACUAAAUUGUGAGUUUUUUUUGGAGGAGUUGCGGAAAAAUAUUUAUAAAAAUUUCAAAUAAUCAAAAUGUUAAUUGUGAUACAUUUUUCACAAAUUUUUUUUAAAACUAUACUCAGGCAAAUCGUCCCACCGGUGUAACACCAAAUCUCCACUCACUCAACACCUUCUCUUCAAUAAUCCCACCGGUGGGCCCACCGGUGGGAAACCGGUGGUCACAAAUUUGAUAAUAGCACCGGUGUACCACCACCUUAACACUCGCUUAACACCGUUUGAACACCGUCUGAACACCAAAAAGAGGUGUUCCACCAGUGUUUUUGUUUAUUUUUCCCACCGGUUUCCCACCGGUGGGCCCACCGGUGGGACGAUUUGCCUGAGUAGUUUUUGUGGUUCACAACCAGAGAUUUUUGAUAAAAUGUAUUUUUUCUGGUAGUUUUCGACUUCCUUAUCACAUUCCCGAUGUCCAAAAUUGCAAGACUCAAUUCCUAAUAAAUAUUCCAGAGCAAUGGAGCAAAAAAAUCAAUAUUUUCUGGAACAAGCAAAACGUGGAAUGAUGAUGGGAAGCAAAGAAGAACGAGAAAAAGCACAAAAAGAAGAAGAUGAAUUCGAAUUGGAAGAAUCGGAAUUGGAUGAGAUUCGACGAAAACGAAUGUUGGAGAUGAAAAAAAUGGCACAGAAUAAGAUUAUUGAGAUUGUUAACAAGGUAUUUUUUGUUGAAAAAAUAUAAAUAUAACAAAUCCGAAUUUUCCCUUUUAGAAUCAAUAUUCUGAUGCCAUCGAUGGUUCCAACAAAUAUCUCCUGGCUGUUUUGAUCUAUGAACCUGAAAAUGAGGAAUGUGCGAAGCUGACUUAUCUCUGCAAGGUUUUGGCGGCUGAUUAUGGAAAUGUAAAGUUUAUUCGAGCAACGAGUAGAUUAUUGGGAAUGAGUGAUGCAUUUGUGAGUUAUUUUUUUUUGGAAAUCUGAGCUGGGUUUUGAGAGGUUGAGCUAAUAAAAACCCUAUUGCUCAUGUUAUUUUUUCCAGAGAGCCAACGGUGUUCCAUGUCUUCAAUUCUACAAAGAUGGAAAUCUCAUCGGAAAUUUUGUGCGAAUCUCUGCAAUGCUGGGACAAGAUGGAGAUGUUGCAAAAUUGCGCAAAUUUUUGAGAAAACAACACAUUGAUUUGAUAAAUGGAGGAUAUGCUUCAGAUUCUGAUGAUGGAGAUGAUGAAGAUUGA